ACGUGGUUGUUUUGGUGACGUAUCACGCAUGGCCGUGCUGCUGUGCGCUGCUGCCUGCUGUCAUCGAAUCCGAGUCGAGCGGUCACACUGAUGUGGUAAUAUGAGUGACAGCCUACUUGGCCAUAGCCAGAAUAAACAUGUUUGAUUUUUGCCGUAGUGCACGAGUUGCAGCGAAGUGAUAGAUAGCCCGCAAUAACCGCGAUAGAAUAGAUUUUUUUUGCUCCAAAAAUAGGUUGGUUGCUACAAAUUAAGUCAUCGGUUGCAGCAACACGGCGUCUAAACGAUAUCAUCUUGUUCUCGAUAAUGGCGGACGAAGAUGCGGUGGUCUUGCAGCAGAAUCUGGACAGGAGCUGCUGGGUAUGCUUCGCAACAGACGAGGAUGAUCGCACAGCAGAGUGGGUGCGUCCAUGUCGCUGCCGGGGUUCCACCAAAUGGGUCCACCAGGCCUGCCUUCAGCGCUGGGUGGAUGAGAAGCAGCGUGGCAACAGCACAGCCCGUGUAGCCUGUCCACAGUGCAAUGCAGAAUAUCUCAUUGUCUUUCCCAAACUGGGUCCUGUGGUCUACGUACUGGACCUGGCCGACCGACUCAUCUCGAAAGCCGGACCCUUCGCUGCCGCUGGCAUCAUGGUGGGGUCCAUAUAUUGGACUGCUGUCACGUACGGCGCCGUCACUGUCAUGCAGGUGGUGGGCCACAAGGAGGGUCUAGAUGUUAUGGAGAGGGCUGACCCGCUCUUCCUUCUCAUCGGCCUGCCCACCAUCCCUGUCAUGUUGAUCCUCGGCAAGAUGAUCCGCUGGGAGGAUUACGUCCUGCGCCUGUGGAGGAAGUACUCGAACAAGCUGCAGAUCCUCAACAACAUCUUUCCUGGGAUCGGCUGCCCAGUCCCUCGCAUCCCGGCCGAGGCGAGCCCCUUGGCCGAUCACGUCUCCGCCACUCGGAUCUUGUGUGGCGCGCUGGUGUUCCCCACAAUCGCCACCAUUGUGGGCAAGCUCAUGUUCAGCAGCGUUAACUCCAACCUGCAGAGGACCAUCCUGGGAGGAAUCGCCUUUGUGGCCAUAAAGGGGGCGUUCAAAGUGUACUUCAAACAGCAGCAGUACAUGCGGCAAGCCCACCGCAAGAUCCUCAACUUCCCUGAGCAGGAGGAAGCCUGAGGACCUGAGCAAAUGUAGACCCACGGUGGAUGAGGUGUCAGUCAGUGUCACCAUCCCACAAAUGACCUUCACACCACUGGAAUCCUGCCAACUCUGUUUUUAAACCUCUACUUCACUCUGCUGAAAAUGGACAACACACGCACACCAGAGAAUGUGUACACUACACCUACAGCUGCGAGGACUGUAAAACUUCAAGUGUAUUUUAAGGAGAAGAAAUGUAAGGCAUGUAGAAGGUUUUAUAAUAAUAAAUUGUUUUAUAACAUUUACUGGAAAAGUCCCCAUUGCCUGUGUUUGGGGUGUUUCUAUUGGGAGUCACUACAGUGUUUGGGAUGUUUGAAAGAUAAAAUGUUAAUUGUAGUUCAAACACAACCAGGAAUCUUCCUUUGUGCUUUUCCUCCUCAAGCUGCUCCCAAGAGAACAAUGUGAACACAUUUUGCGUUUUCAGGCCUUGGCAGCCUACACCUUGAUUGUCUGGAAGUCUCGUAAUAAUAAUCGCAUCUUAUAAAAUUACGAAUUUUUACCCAAAGGGACGCGCAAACACAGACAGUCCCAUGGGAACGUAAAAGCGAGGAUACAAUUUUGAUGAAACACUUUUUUUUCAUCAUGUGAUCAACUCUAUUCCAAGAUGGUUGUCACUGUAGACACCUGAAUGUUGUAAUGGGAAACACGUCUUCAGGACUUGUGGAAAAAUUGAAAAGGCUCAUUUAUUCAUUCACUCAGCUGCCAUCCAAUACCGUUGACUCAAAUGUUGCACGAGCAACACUUAGGAAUGUGAAUUGGGUCAAGUUUAGAAAAGAUUUACCACAAGUAGGUUUCACUGCUUGAUUUUUACAAAAUUGUGAGAGAGUGGAGCUGUGGCUGCAAUAAAAGCUGUUUUCCCUCAGAGGAGACGGUCCGUACAUGUAACUUUGUGAAAAGACACUUUGGAAUAUUUAACUUGCACGCGUAAGCUUGGCAAGCUUUCCCUGCACACAGUUUUGAGUUCAAUCCUUUCUCUGUUCUGUGAAUAAAUGUAUUUUUCCAAUUACAAA